CAACAGACUAUAGUUAAAUUCAUUCACACUCCAGUAGCGUACAGGUGUAGCAGUAACUCUCGUACGGAUCAGACAUACCAGGGUAUGGGUACUUUACCGUCGGACUCCCUGGCUUCCAUCAUCCAACAGACAAUUGGGGAUAGCAAUGUGAAUGUGACAGAGAUAAUAAAUACAUUAAAUGUUACGGACGCUUCCUCAGUGGAAACGACCAUGAGUGUACCACAUCAUAUACAGAAUAACCUCACGGAACGUCAAAUAAACCAGACAGUGCAAUUAUCCACCAUAACCGGAAGUAUCACGGUAACGAACUUAUCAGACACAUUGAGUACCACAUAUCCGGUCUUAGAUAGAACUGAAGCCUCGUUUUCAAUUCAGGAUCAGGUGAUCAUGGGGGCGGCCAUAACGGUGGGCUUGCUGGCGAUUCUGGCGGUAUUUCUCAGGUUCGCAAUGCCAAUUUACAGGAUCCGAGUACAAAAGAAUAAACCAAAAGCAGAAAUCCAGACACAAGACCUUUACGACGAGAAGCCAGGAGAUGAAAGUGCGUAUGCGCCAUAUACACUUUCUAUGGAUUCUGACCAAUCACAGUCAUCAACACAAUCUGACCAAUCGCAAUCCUCGACACAGUCGGACUGGUCGGAAACCUCCAGUAAUCAUACAAAAAGCACGUUCUACUCGUCAGACAGUCACCAGGUGGCGCUGUGGAAGGAAUCCUCGUUUGGGACCUUCAGAGGCUCCACAUUGUCGUUACCUUCAUGUCUACCUAGCGACAGAGGAAGCCUGUCCCGGUCAAACUCCACAGAGGGCCUCAACGCCAGCCUUAUGACAGCACUGUCUCGUAAAACCUUUACCGAGUACAGCGGAAGUUAUAUUCUAAAAACGGGUCCGGACACCGAUCGAGGUUCGGAUAUUUUCGACGACAGAGCGUCGACUCAAUCGCUCAAGUCUUCGUUCACUGACGGAUCUAUAUCAGACGGGCGGUCGGACGGACUCCUGGACAGACGAUCGGACGGACUGCUGGACAGACGAUCGGACGGACUGCUGGACAAACGUGUUACUGAACUCAACCCUUUAUUUAAGCAAUGCUACAACAACAAAUACAAAGCAAAUGUUGGUGAGUCAAAGCUACCACAAGGAAAGUACGUGUAGUCCUCUUCACGAUAAGAAAAGAAACUGCAGACCAUAUCACAGCCACAGAAAUUAACUCUGUCGAUUCCUUUACAAGGGAAAUACCUCUAGUUCUAUAUACACGAUAUACAAACCAAGGAAGACAACCCAAUGCAAAGUCUCCAACAACAAAUAUACCUCUUCGCCAACAAAACAAUUCUAGGUCAGUUCUUCACAAGGAGCGUGGGUGACUUGAAAGGCAAGAGAAUGAAGUGAAAUGUGUGCCAGUAUCUGAACGAGGGAACCAACUCUAAAAAUACUACGGGAUUCGAAACAAUAUGUAAAGGAAAUAGAACGAACUACGUCUGAACAGACUCCUCAGCAACGGUAAUCGUAGUAACGAAAGAAAGACCGUUUUAUUGAACCAGGAAUAAACCGAAAUGAUUGAAGAUUCAAUUAAAUCGAUUUUCAGAAAGGGAUUGAGACUCUAGACAAACAUCAUGACAAUUGAAGUUACAUUUGUCUCAUCUUAGAAAACGUAAAUAUGUCUUCUUCAAUUCCAAAACAAGGAGAGUGACUCUAUGUCAGAGCAAAUUAUAAAUUCUUCCAGAACGGAAACUUGUGAUAAUGAAUGUGUAGGUAAGACAAAGUGUUGUUGUAGAGAAUGGAUUCACCUUCAGUAAGCUCCAUAUGUCCAAAGGGGAGAUAACCAUUCGCUGACAAUGUUGAACAUUGAAGAUAACAAUUCCAGCGAUUCAUACCUUAUUUCACAUUUAAAAACAAUAUCCAAUCAUGUGUAAGGAUUGUUUUAGUGAAGUACGUCAUCAGUCAGUAAUAUACACUGCGCAGGUUCGUGUGCUGUAUAUGUGUGGGGACGUAUCAAGAGGUAGCGGUUCUCCCCUUGGGGACGAUAUAUCGACCCGGUGUCUCAUUUCACUUCCGUUUAUGACCACGUGACUGUAUAUACAUGUAAAUAGGUGUUACGUUAACAUUAUAUUACUGCCGAAGUAUUAACUUAUAUGCUUGUUGAGCUUGAUAAAAUAAA